AAUAGUUUAGUUAAAGUAAGCACAUGACAUAGUCUUAUAAAUACUAGUUUAUAGUCUUGAAGGCUAUUUCACAGAUCGAAAUUAUGAGAGUGGUUUGUAUUUUAGUAGUAUUUUUAAGUUUUAAGUUUUUAAGUUUUUCAAAUGCAGAGUUUAUUUCUUCGUCUCUUACUGAUGGAGAAAACAAGUCUUCUACAUCAUUGGAAACCAAAGACCAGGAAUGGAACGAGUUGAGCAUCCUUCGACAGAUGAUUAACCAAGAGACUGUUAUUCGUCUCACUUUGGUCAAGAACGUCCAUGCACUGGUAAAUGACGUCACCCUUAUGAAGGAAAGUCUAGCAGCAAGUGACGCAAGAGUUACCGGACAACAGCAGACGAUUGACGCAUUAAAGAUUCAGGUGAAAUCUCUUCAACAGGAAAAUAAUGAACUAAAGAACAGUAGCAGGAUAAGUGAGGCCAGGAUCAUGGAGCUCGAAACUAAAUUACAAACAGUUAACGAGAACUAUGGUACUCUGUACGACGAAUUAAACGUCAUCCAGAAGGAUUCAGAUGACAAAAGGCGGGAAAUGUUUAACAAAACUCAUAGUGUUCUCGAUGAUAUCAAAAUAGAAGUGCGAUACCUCUCGGUCACCCUGUUGGAUUUCAAGGAACACACGGAAAUUGAAAAUGAAUCAAGAGACAAGAAAUACGAAGAACUGGAACGCUAUUUCAACUCCUCAUAUGAAGAUUUGAGAGUUGAAUUAUUUCAAAACAAAAACGACUCUACUAACCGCAAAAUGCUCAUUCAAAAUUUAGAGGAUUCUCAAACAGAAAUGAGAAGAAACUUUACAGAAAAACUCAACAGAACAGUCGCCAAGUUUGAAACACAGUUAAAAACGUGGGAGUAUGAGCAGCUUAAACUGUCGUCUGCUGUGGCUUCGUUGGAAGUGGCCAACAUGAACUUGUCCAAACAAAACUGCGAUAAUAGUAACCACCAUGCAUUUACUGCGGGAAUAUCAUCACGUAACUCUGCUUGGACAGGAGGAACACUAGUGUUCCCUGAUGUAAUAUACAGUGAAGGAACAGGUUACAACCCCAGUACUGGUAUCUUUACAGCGCCGACAGCGGGGACAUAUGUGUUCUAUGUCUCCGUUCAGUCUGAGAACAAACAAGAAAUCCGACUAGACAUAGUUUUGAAUGGAUCCAGCAAGGUCAGAGCCAUGGCUUGGUCCAGUGGGAGCAGCAGUUCGAUUCGCCAGACCGGAACCAACAUGGUUAUCUUACAUCUACAGACCGGUGACAGAGUGUGGGUCAGACGGUACCUUGGCACUGGUUUCUACAGUGAUAGUGCACACGUAAUAACUUUUUCUGGAUUUAAACUUUACUAGUUAAAAUGAUUUGCAUGUCAUUAUGUCUGAUUUAAAGAUCGUUUGAAAAACAAUAAAGCUUGAGAAUAAUUAA